AUGAUAAAUAGCGAGGUACACACAGUUUGGUUGUCCUCGGACGCGUGGCAUGUGUGACGCGCGGGGAUCAUGUUUACGCAGCUGGCGACCUCGGAAAUGCUGCACCUCUUGCUGAUAAUGAACUGGCAACUACUCUCUACGUUGGCGUGGAUAGCGAACCCUCAAGCUAUGAACGUACGCCAAGCGGUGUCGCAGGAGUCCACUAUUGACAAGGUUCUGCCUCUCCCGCUCUGGUUGUCGCACAAUCUGCCAACACAUCUGUGCGCAAUCCGACAAAACCGCCGAUGAACUGCCCAGCCAGGUUCCCA